UGUAAUACCAUAAUUUGCUCUGUAUAGUAAUGCCGACGUUGAUACCGCUCACCGGGAAAAAAUAGCAAUCAUUGUAUCGGAAUCAGCAGAGCCGUCUGUUUGUUCGUCCGAAAAAGCUACGAUAAAUAAUUUUGUAAAUUAUUAGGACAGUUACUGAUUAGAGCCGCUAGAAGAUGAGCAUUUUUUCCGGUGUUGAAGUUGGGCCUCCGAUUGAGGUGUUCGCGUUAAAUCAGGCCUGCCUCAAGGAUCCGAAUCCGAAUAAGGUCAACCUUGGCGUUGGAGCCUACCGCACCAACGAGGGAAAACCAUGGAUCCUACCAGUGGUGAAAAAGGCUGAAGCAGCCAUCAUCGCCGACGGUAGCCUGAACCACGAGUACCUACCCGUGCUGGGAACAGAUGGCGUGACACGGGCUGCCACCAGUCUACUACUGGGAGAAGAUUCGGAAGCAGUAAAAGGCAAACGUGCCUUUGGAAUACAGUGCCUCUCGGGAACCGGAGCGCUGCGCGUAGGUGCAGAAUUUCUGGCACGAAUUCUGAAACGCACAACAUUUUAUUACUCCUCGCCUACGUGGGAGAAUCAUCACAAGGUGUUCGUGUAUGCGGGUUUUGCUGAGCCCCGAACUUAUCGCUAUUGGGAUCAGGAACGACGCGGUUUCAAUUUCGAGGGUAUGAUCGAGGAUCUGCGGGCAGCUCCUGAAGGAGCGGUUAUUAUUUUGCAUGCCUGUGCUCACAAUCCUACUGGAAUUGAUCCCACCCAGGAACAGUGGAAGGCGAUCGCCGAUGUCUGCGAGGAAAAGAAGCUGUUCCCGUUCUUUGAUUCGGCCUAUCAGGGUUUUGCGAGCGGUGACCCCAACAAGGAUGCCUUUGCCGUGCGGUACUUUGUGGAGCGUGGGUUCGAAUUGUUUUGCGCGCAGAGCUUCGCCAAAAAUUUUGGAUUGUACAACGAACGCAUCGGUAAUCUAACGGUCGUCCAGAAGGAUGUUACCACGAGUGCUGCGGUGGCUUCCCAAAUCACGCUGCUGAUUCGUGGAAUGUACUCGAACCCGCCGGCCUUUGGAAGUCGGAUCGUUGGUCUAGUUCUGAAUGAUCCCACGCUGCGAGCAGAAUGGAUGCAGUGCAUUCAGACGAUGAGCUCUCGUAUUAUCACCAUGAGAAAGGCUCUUUACGAUGAGCUGGUUGCGUUGAAAACCCCCGGAACGUGGGAGCACAUCACUCAGCAAAUUGGAAUGUUUUCUUAUACCGGGCUAAAUGAAAAACAGGUAGAAAUCCUCAUUAAGGAAUUCAGCAUUUACCUUCUGAAGACCGGCCGUAUCUCGAUGUGUGGCCUGAACGAAAACAACGUCAAAUACGUGGCGAAGGCAAUCAACGAGGCGGUAACCAGAGGUACCGCUGCUUCCAAGAUUUAGGCCACAGCCGAAAUCGGAUCCAAGGUCUAUGUAUUCCUAGGGACUAUAGAUAAACACUUUGUUAUAAAUGAAAUAUUUACUGCAUAGCAACUGUUAGAGAGAAUGCAAAGCAUUUAUUUGUUUGCGAUGGAGCAACAACGCAACACCUCCUGGGCUAGCCACAUAUAUAUAUAUAUAUAUAUAUAUAUAUAUAUAUAUUUGUACGAAAUAUUUCACUGACUAACCAACAAGCGAACCGAAUAAGAAAAUUGAUGCAAUGUACAAAUUUUCCACCAAUGAAACAAGAAGGUCACAUCGGAGAUACACAAUGUAGUUGGAUAUACCUGUGUAUAGUAGUGACGCCUUUCUACACGGCAGUUUGAUAUUGAUACAAGGAUGGUCAUAUACAUUUGGACAACACAAUCACAAUAAAAAUUCAAUAAGCAAUCCAUCAAAA